CAGCAGUUCCGCUGAAUGUCCGCUUCUGCUACCAAGAAGGGAUUAGUGAGCAACACCCCGAGACGGCUUCGAGUUCAGUCGGCCACAGGGCUUCUCCGUUUGCCACGAACAACGGAUUGCCUUACUAUUUACACCUCUACCGAGCUUUAGGGAUGAACUGAAGAUGAAUGUAAACCAGCACACUCCAAUGGCCUCUCCCUACGGCCAGGCCCAGCCUGGCUACGCUCAGCCCGGCUACGCCCCCCUGGACGGAGGAUACCCUGCCCCCUAUGCACCUUACAACGGCCCCGCUUCAGCCUAUCAGCCUGGCGUUCCUCCACAAGGUUAUUCUCCUUUCACAAGCUUUCCCUCUAAGGCUGUGGCAGUCAACCCAGUCUCUGACCUCUCCUCUCCUCUUGACUUAGGUCAGGCUCGGGGUCCUCCCACCUCUGCACCACCUCCUGUCUCAGCCCCUCAACAGUAUAACCAGUACAGCCACAGUCAGGGGGACAUGCAGAAUGGACCCCCACCUAUGACACAGGCACCACCCAGGCCUGCUGUAGCCCAGUCAUACAACCAGGGACAUAUGAACAUGACCGGGCCGCACCCUUCCUAUCCGCAACACUACGGACCUCCACCCACAAUGCAACAAGUCACCAGUCAGAUGACUGGGAUGCAGAUCACGUCCGGACCACCAACCCCUGCAGGGCCAGGAUAUGCUCCUCCUCACAGCUCCCAGCCCCCCAUCAGUACCUACUCUGCCCCACCCCAGCCCUCCUACACCCAGGCUCCACCUCCCGCUUCAUCUGCUCCCACCCAGCCUCCAUCUCCAGGUGUUUCUGCAGCUUCUCAGCAAUACUACGGCGUCCCUCCGCUUCCUUCGCAGCAGCCGUUCGACUCGUCUCGUCCCCCCACCUCCCAGCAGCAGUUCACGUCUUCUGCUCCACCUCCGCCCUCCCAGCAGACUUUCCCCCCCUCCUCUUUUUCGGGUCCCCCAACUCGCCCCCAAGCUGUGCCGGUGUCUCAGCCUCAGCCGCCCUUCUCUGCUGCUCCGCCCUCUUUGUCAUCAGCACCUCCACCGGUUAGCCAACCUGGCUUUGCUGGCGGCCCGCCUCCGAUCGCUCAAGGCUCCUUUCCACCUCAGCUGACACCGCCUUCCUCUCAGCCAGGGUCUUUUCCUCCGCCUGGGCCUCCCCCCACCUCAGUGGCCUCGGGUCAGUACCCCCCCAUGUCUCAGCCACAUCAGCCCCCUGCAGCCCAGCCGUCACCGUACUACUCAGGACCGCCGCCUCCCAGGGCUCAGAUGCCUCCAACAUCUAUGGGACAGAGCAACCACCUGCCUCCAGGACCGCAGGGUCCACUGGGUCAACAGGGGCCUCCGGGGCCCCUGCAGCAGCCCCCUAUUCAGCCUGGCAUGCAGACAGGAUACCCUCCUCAACAAAAUGGUGCGUUUGGCCAGGCCAGAAGCCCCCAGCCUGGAUAUGCAGGUCCGUAUCCUGGACAACCAAACUACGGAGCCCCGGCACCGGCUCCCACCGCUGCUCCUGCUCCACAGAAGAGACUUGAUCCGGAUGCUAUUCCCAGCCCGCAAGCGUCUGACAUGCCGGCUGUGCAGAAAUCAAGACAUAGAAUAGAUCCAGAUGCUAUCCCCAGCCCAAUCCAGGUAAUAGAAGACGACAAGGCUAAGUCCAAUGAGCCAUUCACAACAGGGGUCAGAGGUCAGGCUCCACCUCUGGUCACAACCAACUUUCAGGUCAAAGAUCAAGGAAAUGCCAGUCCCAGGUUUAUCCGCUGUACGGCCUACAACAUGCCUUGUACGUCCGACAUGGCCAAGCAGUCGCAGGUCCCCCUGGCUGCUGUAAUCAAGCCCCUCGCCACGCUGCCCCCCGAUGAGGCCCCUCCAUACGUGGUGGACCACGGCGAGACCGGUCCGAUCCGCUGCAACCGAUGCAAGGCCUACAUGUGUCCGUACAUGCAGUUCAUAGAGGGAGGUCGCCGCUUCCAGUGUGGCUUCUGCAGCUGUGUCACAGAGGUGCCUCCACAUUACUUCCAGCAUCUGGAUCACACCGGGAAGAGAGUGGACUGCUACGAUCGUCCAGAGCUGUCGCUGGGCUCCUACGAGUACCUGGCAACAGUUGACUACUGCAAGAACAACAAGCUUCCUCAGCCUCCAGCCUUCAUCUUCCUCAUCGACGUGUCCUACAACGCAGUGAAGAGCGGGAUGGUCAGCAUAAUCUGUAACGAGCUCAAGAGUCUGCUGGAUCUUCUGCCCAGGCAAAACCCGGAGGUGGAUUCUGUGAUUCGGGUUGGUUUCGUCACCUACAACAAGGUGUUGCAUUUCUACAACGUGAAGUCGACCCUCGCCCAGCCCCAGAUGCUGGUGGUGUCAGACGUGUCGGACAUGUUUGUGCCGCUGCUCGACGGCUUCCUGGUGAAUGUGAACGAAAGCAGACAAGUCAUCGAGAGUUUGUUGGAUCAGAUCCCAGAGAUGUUUGCUGACACCAGAGAGACAGAGACGGUCUUUGGACCCGUCAUCCAGGCGGGACUGGAAGCAUUAAAGGCGGCUGACUGUGCCGGGAAGCUGUUUGUGUUUCACACCUCUUUGCCCAUCGCAGAAGCUCCUGGAAAACUGAAAAACCGAGAAGAUAAGAAGCUAAUCGGGACUGACAAGGAAAAGACUCUGUUUCAGCCGCAGGUCGGAGUCUACAACAACCUGGCUAAGGAGUGUGUGGCUCAGGGCUGCUGCGUGGAUCUUUUCCUGUUCCCUAAUCAGUACGUGGAUGUGGCAACGUUAGGAGUGGUUCCUGUCUCCACUGGAGGCUCCGUCUACAAAUACACAUAUUUUCAGGCUCAGACGGAUCAAGAGCGAUUCCUGAACGACCUGAGGCGAGACGUUCAGAAACAAGUCGGGUUUGACGCCGUGAUGAGGGUCCGGACGAGCACAGGGAUCCGGGCCACAGAUUUCUUCGGAUCGUUCUACAUGAACAACACCACGGAUGUAGAGCUGGCGGGGCUGGACUGCGACAAGGCCAUCACUGUUGAGUUCAAACACGACGACAAGCUCAGCGAGGAGACGGGAGCGCUCAUGCAGUGUGCCGUUCUGUACACCAGCUGCAGCGGUCAGAGGCGCCUGCGCGUCCACAACAUGGCGGUGAACUGCUGCGCGCAGCUGGCCGAUCUCUACCGCAACUGUGAGACCGACACAAUCAUCAACUACUUCGCCAAAUAUGCUUUCAGGGGUAUUGCGAACAAUCCCACCAAGGCUGUGAGGGACACUCUGGUCAACCAGUGUGCUCAGAUUCUGGCCUGCUAUAGGAAGAACUGUGCCAGUCCAUCAUCUGCUGGUCAGCUCAUCCUGCCGGAGUGCAUGAAGCUCCUCCCCGUUUACCUGAACUGCGUGAUGAAGAGCGACGUCCUGCUGCCAGGAGCCGACGUCUCGUUGGACGACAGGGCUUACCUCAAGCAGCUGAUCGGCUGCAUGGACGUCGCAGAGACGCACGUCUUCUUCUACCCCCGCCUGCUGCCAGUGAUGAAGUUGGAAAGCGGGUCGUUGCCGGUGGCGGUGAGGGACUCCGAGGAGCGGCUGUCUAAAGGCGGAGUUUACCUGAUGGAGACGGGGCUCCACCUCUUCCUGUGGGUGGGAGCCAGCGUUCAGCAGGAGCUGCUGCUCAACAUCUUCGGCACGCCGAGCUUCAGCCAGAUCGAUCCGAACAUGAUCAGUCUGCCUGUUCUGGACAAUCCGUUCUCACAAAGACUCAGAGAAGUCGUCGACUCCUUCAGAGCGCAGCGAUCACGAUACAUGAAGCUGAUGGUGGUAAAACAGGAAGACCGAGCCGAACUGACAUUCAGGCACUUUCUAGUGGAGGACAAGAGCGCCAGCGGCGGAGCGUCGUACGUUGACUUCCUGUGUCACAUGCACAAGGAGAUCCGCCAGCUUCUCAGCUAAGGGCCCGGAGAUUCCCACCUUUCACCCAUGAGCUCCAGAAACUCCUCCACCCCACCCCCCCCCCCCCCCCCCUCCAGUCACCUUUCACCCUGCAAAUGAUUUUUUUUUCCUUUUCUUUUUUUUUUUUAAUCCUACAAAAUAAAACUCUCCUUGCUGUCUUGUCAGCCAAGGUCCGGCUCUCAGAUCAGAUCUUGUACGAUCGUUUGUGUGUGAGUGAGAGACGGAAAAGCUUUACUCCGCCUCAGAUCUGCUGCACCUGCACGUCCAGGGCGCAGCCGACGAGGAAGGGCGACGAGCGUAAACACAAGAGAACAACUAUGUAUGCAACAGACCGAUGACGAAAGAGAAAGCUUGAUAACUGUAGUUGUACUGUCUGCAUUAAUAGCACUGAAAGGCUUUUCUUUUUUUGGUUGGGGAGGGCUUGAGCGACUUGGAAAGCAGAACUUUUUUUUAUAUAUGAUUGAGUCCCGAUAGAGUGAUAGACAUCUAUGUAUGGAAAUAAAACUAAAUAAAUGCUGUUCUAGAUGUCUCUUAUCCACUUUAAUCAUGGCCUUAGUCCCCCAUGCUGCUCCAAUUCGUCUGUCUGUGUGUGUGUGUGUGUGUGUGUGUGUGUGUGUGUGUGGGGGUGGAUUUUGAGAUGUGAAAGGAUUAGCCGCCUUUUUUUUUUUUUUUUUUAAAUCAGCCACUGUUGCAUCAUCUGAAUUUAAACUGACACAAAAAUGAUUUAAAUUCAAAUUAAAUAUCAGAUUAAACUGAAAGAUCUCUUAAGUAAAUAAAUAACAAUCAGUUUUAAAUGUGGCAACAUCUGGCUCCGUAAUCUGAUGCAAACAAGAUGUGCACUUCUGAUCACUUUUUGUUUCUGCGCAGCAUCGAAAACAAACAGGUUGAUCUCAGAGGUUUUAGUUGCUUUUUAAUUCAAAUGUGAAGGAAGCUUUAGGAGUACUGACGUGCAACGCUGCAGACUUUAUAACCGAAUCGGAGGCGCCGGGUGUGUAAAAGCGGAGUCUCCGGCUGAAAGAACCGAACAGAGAAUGAUGGCAGAUGAGCCAACUUUCACUCGUAUCCGCACUGAGCAGCUGCUGAGCUUUUCAGUGUGUAAAUAAAAUAUAUGAUGUGUACAGAAUUAAUAGAAAAUAACAAUUUUAAAGACCUGGCAGAGCAGCCAGGGUGUCGUGGUUUCUCUUGACAUGAACUGAGAUUUAAAAAUUGUGGAUUUACUCGAGAGAUGGGCUUUUUGAUAUGUUUCUGUGUGUGUGUGUGUGUGAAUGUGGGGUCGGUCCUGGUGAAUUUCUCACGGGGAACAGAGGGAUCUGCCAACACACACGACCUUUAGCAUGAUCUCAUUUAUCACUUUCUGUUUUAACGAUGUGAUUUUUGUGUCCAGUGUGUGCGUGUUCAGCCCUCUGUUCUGUCUUUGUUCGCCGGUUCUGAUCGACCCGCCAUCUUUACUGUAAUCUUAAUUUCUGUUCCUCCAUUUUUUUUUCUUCCUCUUUUUGUUUUUCCAUUGCCUCCUGGGACUGCUAAUAAAAUGAUUGUUUAAAGUGAAA